UUCAUUUUUACAGGUGUCCUUGUUCAAAACUCUGAUGAAAUGGAGCAACGCUGUAAUUUCAGACCUGUGGGGUUUGGAGGAGCGGCUCCUGUGUGUGGAGGUGUCCAGGAUGGACCAGGAUAUAGCCAUGAUGGUCAUGGAUGAGGUGGCGAACAUCGCUGCUUUUACCAACUUCCUGCCUCUCGCCAACAGGAUUUACAUCGAGAUGACGACACCAAGUGAAAUGGCAAAGGUUGUAGAGAACCUGUCGCGGCCAGAAUUAUGUGAAAAGUAUAAAGAUUGGGAGCAAGUAGGACGCAUUGAGUCAGUAAAGAGCAGAGAACGGCGCCUGAAGGAUUGUGAAGAUGGGGCUCUUAACCAGCUGAACAAUACUGUGAUGAAUGAAGGUCAAAAGAGCAUCCCAGUACACCCAGAACUGGACAGAGUUGGUACCAACACUGAACCCACUGCCAUGACGAAGGCAGAACAGUCUUCUGAUAGGAAGGCAACAAAAACCAGAACCCCUGAUUCUGCUAAAUCUGUUUCCUCUGCUGAGACGGCAGCAUCCAUGUCUUCUGCAGGACAGGGUGGUGCAGCGAUACAGGAGAGACGUGAAGCUGAGAAAACAACUAGUUCCACCAAUUUAUCUGCUGUGACGACAACAGAUGAAAAAGAAGAGUCAACAAAGUUCAGCCCCAUGCAGACCAGUUUAAUUGAGCCUGUGGGAGAAAAGCCAGACCUCCCUAAAAUCGACAUCAACAGUUUUAAUGUAAUCAAAGCUCUAGUUGUUCAGUUCCGAAGGCAACAGGGCAGCUCCACAGAAACUUUGCAGGUAACGUUUACUUCAUUAUGUCUCAGUUGUAUGUAUCCAUUCUGUGCUAUGGCCAUGAUCAGAUCAUAUUCUAAUCUGAGAUUUUUGUCACACUUAAUGUACUCCUGUCAGUUUCGUUAA